AUGUUAGCAAAAGAAGAAGAAGACGCUACCGAUGAAAACAAGGAGAUACAAAACGACAAAAAAGUCACAAUUGCGUAUGUGAUAUCAAUCACAUCAUGUCAAGCCAAUGCAACACAUGUUCUCGAUGGGGCAGCUAUUCUCGCGCAUUCGAUUCAUUUGGUUUCUCAAAACAGUACUUAUGGUUAUGCAAGAUACGCCUUUGUCUAUGAGCACGAAGCCGCGGAAUGUGUUUCUGCGUUGGAGAGAGUGGGAUGGAAAACUAUCGUCGAGAACAAACUACCCCUUGAAAAGGAUCAAAUUGUCGAUGCCGACUUUCGAAAACAUGUGGACAAACACGGCUGUUGUGGUAUAAAAGAGUUCAUGAAGCUCAAGGUUUACACCCUGGAGGACCAUCCGAUAGCGGUUCACUUGGACACCGAUGCUUUGCUUCUGAAACCGAUGGAUAGGCUCUACAAUACCAUGUUGUUGGCACCUGGCACGAAUACGAACAAAACUUUGGCUGACGAUCAUUUGAUGUUUCACAAGCGACCUACAAAUGCAUCGGACUUUUUCUUUACUCGGGAUUAUCGUCAAGGAAGUAAAUGGACCGAUGAUCCGUCUCAGUAUGGAGUUCAAGGAGGAUUUCUUGCAGUGAAACCAAACCGGACAAUGUAUGAAGAACUGAUUUCUCGAUUAACGAAUGAAACUUACGGGCUGUAUAGAGGCUGGUCAGGGAUGGGGCACUCUGGAUUCUGGGGGGCGUCGCAAAUACAAGGCUUCUUAUCGUAUGUGUAUGAGCACCACUAUCCUGGUCAAGCAAUUGAGUUGAACAGAUGUAUUUAUAAUGCAAUGAUCAACGAUAGCCCAUAUCACAAGAAAACUGGAGCAUGCCUGACGAAGGAGAAAGAAUGCCAAGACUGUAGAACACUGGACAUUGAAAACCUAAUGAGCAUUCACUUAACAACGUGUCGAAAGCCAUGGGAAUGCCCUCAUUUGCCAGACAAACAAUUCCCGAAGCUGUGUCGAGAUGCUCAUCGCGCCUGGUUCCAAGUACGCCAAGACCUGGAGAAGAAUACUUGGAAACUUUCAGUGCCAACUGAUGGAUGGCGCUUUGAAUGGACUUUGGGGUACUGUCAAAGACCUGCGGGUAUGGCAAGAAUGUUGGGAAUUGCCAAUCUCACCAUGGGUCCAAACAAACCAAAGAAUAGUCGACAGUAUGUACCAUUGCUUUUGCCUUACACAUCGUACCGGUAG